AUGGCCCUAGCUCCACCUCCCGAUGACUGGACGGACACCUCACUUAAUGCGACAGCUGGCAAUCACGGCGGGAUCAGAGCGCAUACCUACACCUACCUCUACACCUACCUCUACACCUACCUCUACACCUACCUCUACACCUACCUCUACACCUACCUCUACACCUACCUCUACACCUACCUCUACACCUACCUCUACACCUACCUCUACACCUACCUCUACACCUACCUCUACACCUACCUCUACACCUACCUCUACACCUACCUCUACACUGCAAGCGUCACAGCGGGGGGGUUUGCGACCGCUGCAGCAGCCACCCCGACGACUAGGCAUUACACGAGGAGGGCGGCGAGGUAG